CUUCUAUCAGGAAACAAACAUGGCGGUCUUCUACAAGUGUAAACUAACAAAUUAUUUUUGUUAUUUUGUUGGUCAACUGGAAGAUAUAAUCUGUUACGGCAUCACAAUAUCACUAUAAGAUGGCGGAUGAGGGGAGACUUGAGGAAGAGCUUGCAUCAUUUCGUCGCCAGUGGAAGGAAGAAAUACAGAGAAGUACUAAUGAUAGUGGUUCAUCAAGGAAUUCUCCUGUAUCAGAAUCAGCCUUACGACCAAGUCGUGAAGGAUCCCCAAGCCCAUUAGUGUUAGGGCAGAAGAAAGUGGUCAGUUCAUCCCAAAAACCCCAGCAGUUAGAGGAGAAGGCAGCUCAUUUGUUCUUACAAGGGGUGUCUGCGGAGAGGAAUGGAAAUCUCUAUGAAGCUAUUUAUUUUUACCGACAAGCUGUUCAGCUUGUUCCAGAUAUUGAGUUUCGAAUCAAAGAUUUUACAAGUUAUAAUUUGGCAUCAGCUAGUGGAGAUGAGGAGGAUGACCCCAAUGUAUCUCAGGAAUCUGAUGACUCACCUGAGUUAGCAGAUUUAGCCAACAGAUUCCUUUCUCUCUCUGUUACUGGAUUUUGCCAGCCACUUUAUGAGACUAGGAUGACCCAUAUAUCAGCCAUCCCACUGGAACUUGUCAUGUAUAUUUUCAAGUGGGUGGUGUCCACAGAGCUUGACAUGAAAUCACUUGAACACUUAGCACUGGUUUGUAAAGGGUUUUAUGCCUGUGCAAGGGAUCCUGAUAUAUGGAAACUGGCUUGUCAGAGGGUUUGGGGUGUCAACUGCGGCAAUCCAGUGCAGUGGAAUGGCUCCUGGAGACUCAUGUAUAUCAAGCGUCCACAUCUUUUGUUUGUUGGUGUUUACAUAAGCAAGACUUCCUAUGUGAGGGAGGGAGAGAAGAACCUGGAUUUCUGUUAUCGUCCUUAUCAUGUUGUGGAGUACUAUCGUUACAUGAGAUUUUAUGUUGAUGGGACAGUAUUAAUUUACACCAGUGCUGAUGAACCAGUCACUGCCAUUGCACGGCUAAAACUCAAGCAUUGUAAUAGUCCAUCUGUCUCUGUUGGCCACUACAGAUUGUCUGGAGACAAGGUCAUCAUCAUAGUCGACAAGAAAGUUACCUCUGACACUUACAAUCAAACCAGAGGUCGCCGAGUGAGAGCACCUCCUCCUCCCAUCCUGAAGCAAGUAUUUCAUAUGGAAUUGCAAAUUAGCAGUGUUGGACGCCGUCGUCAUAAUCAGCUUACAUGGCUGCAUUACAGUGUCAAUACAACAUACAGGUCAUCUGGCCAAACAGUUGACUCACAGUUUGACUUAAACAACCAGUUUCCGCCAUUGCAUUUUUCACCAGUGCGCAGUUUCAGUAACAAUGCCACAGCCCCUUUAGAGUAGUAUGGUGGAUGUUAAGUGAGCUGGCAGCAUGAUUGAGGAAGUUUGUUACUUCCAAUUAGAGUGUACAUGGGAUGUUGUUAGGAGGUGCUAAGAAUUGUUACUAGAUUGAGGGCAAAGUGCCCUUGAUAUGUCUUUGCUGAUAUGGCAUAUAGCUUACAAGGAGCUAAUAACCCUCUGUUAGUGAUAUUGAAUAAUUGCUCAUGGAUGUGGUGGAAAAUGUAUACCACUUUGACAGAUGCUGAUGUGAAUAAUUGUCUUAGUCUAGACCACACAUAAAUGAAACAUGAGUUCAAUUAUUUCAGUCAACAUACAGAAAAGUGGCCAGUGGAAAAAAAAAAAAACAAAGGAAAAAAAAAAGGUGGUGAGUGACCAAAUCUUGCACAAGAAUUCUGAUCUUGUUUUGAUUUAUUUGCUUAGGAAUCACAACAGUUAACUAUCAAUUAACUGAUUCAUUUGAAAGAAAAUUAUUUGGAAGAGUAACAUGUUAAUUUAGUUUCAUGCUAGAAUAUUAGUUUAGGUUCUACAUUUACAGUAAGCAGAAUUGACACAUUAAUUAAUGUUAGAAAUAAACAAUAGCCAAAAGGAGGCUAUUUUGUUUAUUAUCCUUCAAAUAAUUUUGCAAUGCACAGGAGAAAGUUUUCAAACAGCUCAGUGUUUGCUGAGUGGAAUGUUCACUUUCCAGUGUUGUCUGGUAUGACUUUAUGAAUAAACAUGUCCUUUCCAAGAUUUGAAAAUUGGGGAAUAUACAUCUUGGGGUAUAUCCUUGGACAUUCCCCAGUUUUAGUUUUAGUGCAAGAGCAAAUAUUUGAUGGACUAUAAUUAUGACUGAUGUAUCAAUUGCAUCAUUGAUAUUAAUAGCAGUCAUUAUUCUGAUUAUUAUUUUAUAACGAUUGUUGAGUAUUCAUCAAGCACAGUUUGUAUCACUUAUACUUAAGUUGCGUUAGAAGCUUAUGCUUGAUUUUUUUCCAUACUGUGUGUUUUCUGAACAAGGGCAGCACAUUACAAUUUAGUCAUUUUAAUCAUGUUUGAUUUAUAUGCACACCACUGAAUAAACUCAGACACUUUAUCAUUAAACUGCUCUGUCAGUCAUAGUGAAAAGUUAUUUCUGUAAAGUAAUUACCCUUUACACCCUAACAUCAGUAUGCAUAUUCUCCAUACUGUUCUCUAUACAUUUCCUGAAGUGCUGUCAGAGAGAAUUUGUUGUAAAGUCAAGAGCUUCAUAAAAUUGGUGAUUAUUUCCUUGAUUCUUGCGACCUUAAUGUUUGAUUCAGGGGUGAUAUUUUUAGGAGAAAUUAGAAGAUGGUUACCCUUGGGGUUAUAGGGUUAAGCAGUAAGGGGUACUGAUGACGUUUUGUUGUCGCAGACAAGUUAAAUUAAGUCCUCCUUUGAUACUUGUUUGAUUGGUUCUCAAAAUAUCAUACUACAUUAUGCUUAUUAGUAUGCAUAUUUUCCAUACUGUUCUUAAUACAAAAGUCAUUUCCUAUGGUGUUGACAAGGAGAA